GUUGUCUGUUAUCUAUGAUUCGCAGUGAAAGUGUCAUAAAGAUUUAUGAUUGCAUUUAAUGCAAAUUUGCAAACAGCUGUCAACCUGUGAAUUUAAAUAAGUUAAAUUACAAUUAACAAGUUUCUCAUUUGAGAUUUUGUUUGAUUUUUUUGGAGUUUUUGAAUAAUUCUAGAAGAAAUCUACUCGUUUAUACACUGGAAAAACCGACCGGUACUCUUGAAAGGCUAUCUGUUGCAGUCUGGGAAAACCAUUUUAAGAUCUUUUGAACAUGGACGAGGAAAAAGAGAGGAAUGAAGUCAUAUCCAACAUAAGAGCUUGUCUUAUCUCCAUCAAAGGAAGUGUUUCUUUACGUCAGCUCGAGACCGAUUACAGGGUGAUAUGCGGACAGAGGAUUCCCUAUACCCGGUUGGGCUUCAGAAGUGUACAAGAUUUCAUAUCGUCAAUACCCACAUUGACCCUGACUAAAACCUCAGCCGGGGAAUAUUUUGUCGACGCUAAAGUGUCCGAGAAAUCCGUCCACAUAACGGACAUGGUCAGCAAGCAGAAGAACGGCAAGAAGAAGCCGAUAGUGAGGGCUCCGACCAAACCCUUCCGGAUAAAUAACAACAUGACAGCACCGAAGAAUUGGAACUCGAUAACGGCCAAGUACAAACCGAAGAAUUUCAACACUUCCCAGAGGACAGCUGCCGUUUCACACAACCAGUUCAUCAACAGGAGCCCUGCGAAGCCCAAGUCGUACGUUGCCAACGUUCCCAACGUUCCUCCGAAGCCCAAACCUGCGACAAACGGUGAACAGUUCAAGAAGCCAGUUCCGACGGGCGACAAUAACAAGGUUACGAUACAGCCUAAGGCGCCCGAACCGGUCAGCGGGGGGCUGUGCAACACCCCCAUGAGGACCAACUAUAUAACUUCGAUGAAACCUGUGGUCACUGCGAAUCCUUACAGCCCUACUAACGGUACCAGACUACGCUCUACGAACGUCAAGGAAGCGACUAGGAGCCCUGUGGAUCUGGAAACCUUCUCCAUUUCCCUGGUGAACUCUUCCAGAAAGCGGCUGAGCAAGAUGAUGUCCGAAGCUUCGUUGGACAGGGAUAGCGGCAACAGCAGUCCCACCAGCGAGAACCCCAUGAGUGAUACGUUGACUGGAAAUGCGAUAGAGGAUUUGAAGAGUAUCGUCGACUGGUAUAAACUGGGAAAAAUCGAUGUUAACCACACCGAGAUGAAGCCGAAGAAGAAAUACGCGAGGGCCCUGUACAACUGCGCUAUAACGGUUGAUGGCCAAACGUACCUCAGUUACCCUGAGGAAUUUCACGACGCUAACUCAGCUGAACUUUAUUGUGCACGUAAAGCGUUGGACGAACUGUUACCCAAGUGUGCCAGACGGAGAAAAUUGUUGUUGGCUACCAGCAAAGAUAUCAAAGACAGGAUCCCCCCUAUGCUGAAAGUACAUGCCCAGGGUAUAUGGAGUUCCAGGAUUGAGGAAGACUACGCUGAUCUGUAUUUCGAGCAGUUGCCGACCAAUUGGUUGGAGAUCAUCGAUUCCUGCGAGUGCGUAGCUGUGGAACGGAUACAAGACGACAGAUACGUGCUGAGAUACUGUCAACCGGGGAUGGCUUUACAGAAGGGUGAGAAGUUCGGUUCGAUACUCCCUCCUGAUGUCUCGAUACCAUCGACCAUCGUACUUUUCGGCGAAGAUAACAAGUUGCAGGCUCAGAUAACUUGCAUAAUGUCCCUGAACGAGGUGUGGUGCCAGCAGUUGGACACUGCCCAAUUCGAUGCCCAUAACGAGAUGAUCACCAAGAUGGAGAAUUACUACAACGAGGAAAGCUCGAAGCUCCAGGCUAAAGACAUACAGGUUGGUUCUUAUUACGUGGCCAACUAUGAUUCGAACUGGUACAGGGUCAGGGCUUUGGAGGUGCAAGAGCAAUGUGUCAACUGUUUCCUGAUCGAUUUCGGCGACGAAUAUCUGAUACAGAAAAGCAUGGUCUGUAACAUCAAGAGGGAAUUUGCCAUGUCUCCAGCUCAGGCCUUCGUUUGUCGGUUGGCCGGGUUAGAAGACCUAUACGACGCCAAUGUACCGUUGGAGAAGUUGAUGUCUUACGUUGGUAGAGAGGUUUUGUUAGCAGAGCAGGUUGACUCCGAUUCCACAGAGACCGAUCAGACGAUAGCUGUGGAUAUGUUCGAUGUCAACGAAGGAAUAUCCAUAAAUCAACAGUUGCUCGAGUUUUUGACCAUCGAGAUAGCCACCCCAGUCAUCAGACAGAACACGAUUGAGACUGUCCACGUCUCCCAUCUUUCCGAAGAUGGAGUGGUGUACAUCCAGAUCCAUUCGAAGGGAUUCACAAGCCUGCAAUGCCUGAUGCAACACAUAGAGGGGGCCAUCGAUAAGGUAUCCUCUAGCGAGUACGUGGAAAAGUUGAACAAGCCCAGAUGGGAGUCGAACAGGAACAAGAUCUACUUAUCGAACCACGAGGGACGUUGGCUGAGGAGCAGAGUCCUGGACAUGUCUCCGGAGGGGGACUUUGCUCAAAUUUACUUCAUAGACGUUGGAAGCUACAAAGUCGUCAAGGUUGCUGAAGAAGUCUUCUUCCGUUUGGAGGAUAUUAGCGAGGUGGUUUAUCAGUUCCCCCCGCAGGCUGUGAUGAUCAGAUUGUCCCUGGACUCGAUGCCUAGGAAUUUCGUGAACCUGGCCAGCGGACUGUUGAAAGUUGGCUCAUCCGUACUGAUGAAAGUGAUAGGUAAAGAUGAGAACGGAACUCCGAUUGGGGAAUUUUACAGGAGGUCCAACGACGAAGGACUGUUGUGCAUCAACAAGUCGAUUGCGAUGGAAAUGGAAAUAAGCUUGAAGAAUGAAACUAGCGCUUUGAAGGGUACCAAGAGUAAAUUGAAUAAGUUGACGCAGAAUGUCGAAACUCCGGAGGAAGUUUACUUGGAGAAAGAGAAGGUGCCAUCCGGAGGUUCGUUGAUGAGUCCCAAACUUCCAGAGAUGGGUGCCUAUUUCGGGGUGAACAUACCGUUCACCGUGAACCCUUGGAAUUUCUUCGUCCAACCGUACAAUUCCAAAGAUCAGUUGGACAGCAUGAUGACGGAGCUUCAGGAGAGGUACAAGGACACCGCUUGCAGCCCUAUCCAGAUCAAAAACAUCGUACCUGGUCAGAUUUUCGCAGCCAGGCAUACGGAUGGUAUUUGGUAUAGGACGAGCGUGUUGAAGGUUAUACAUUCUGGGUCGAUAUCGGUGUUCUACUGCGAUUUCGGGUAUUAUUCCAACUUGUCGGUGAGCCAACUGAUACCUUUGGAUCCGGAAUUCACAAAGUUACCGUAUCAGGCUCUGAAAGCCAAGCUGUCAGGUAUCAAACCGAAGAAGAGCAAGUGGUCGAUGGAGGAUUGCGAAGUUUUUUCUGAGCUAGUGAAGGGGAAAGCGUUGAUAUCAGUAUUGAUAGAUAUAGAAAAGGACGAAUUGUACGAGUCUGAUCCAGUGUUGAAGCUGACGCUUAUCGAUACGACGACUGACGAGGAUAUUUUUAUAGAUCAAGAACUGAUUAGGAGGAAUAUAGCAAUAAAAGCCGACUGAAGAGAUUUGACUUGACGAGAGUGAGAGAGAGAUAUAUUUUGGUCUUAUUACCUUAACUAUUGUAGAUAUAUGUAUUUCUAGUAAGAUGGUAUUUGAUUCGAAAUUAGUGUAAUCAAAUUAUUAUUGAUUUCGAGGAAUAUGCUUAUCUAUGUAUUAUUAUUAUCCAUGUUGAAUGUUCAUGUUGGAAUAUUUGUUUGUUUCAGAUAGAAAUGUUAAAUAUAUUGAUUUAAACUUUAACAAUAAUUGUUGCUCAUUGAAUAUGCUCUGCUCUUGUUUGGAGCUUAUUAUUACUACUGUUUUGUUGAGUUAUGUUUUCUAUAAUUUUGUAAUAAAACUUUCAAAGUCA